AUGUCCAACCAGCAGAGUUGCCCCAACUCAGACCGAGAUGCUUGGUGUGGACCCUGGUGCCGGCAUCCGGCCGUCGGAACUGUCCGUUCUAGAAACCCACAGUCGUAUUGUAGGGGUAGUUGGAUUCUGGGGGGUCUUCCCCAAACAAGAACCCUUUGGCUUCCACCAGUCCAACCAGCGGCCCAGCUCUUUUCGCCCGCUGUUGCUCUUGUCCCACCCGCAAAGCCCUCCCAAAUCCUUCACGUCCAAGUCCACCCGUGGUGGUCUCAACAGGAUGAGAAGGAAGCCUUUCAGCUUUACCUGCAGAAGUUCGGCGAGUGCCGCGAUGGUUCCAACCCAGGUUAUAGCCGCAAGGCUUUCCCUUGGUAUAGCGGCAAGCUGCCACAGGGUGAGAAGGUCUCAGACGAGUCACUGCAGGCAGCCUUGGCGUAUCGCCCCCAACCGGCGAAGCGCCUGAACAAGCCCAACCUGGUGGAGGUGGAUUCGGAAGGCGAGGAAGUGCCGCUGUGCACCAAGUGUUCCAUGCCCGUGGGCGAGUUUGCCUACCAGGGCCGCGAGGGGAAGCACACGUGUGUGCACACGGAGUGCAUGGCACAGGUCUUAAUGAAGGAGGCCCAGAGGGAUGAAGAGCUCCGAAACCAGCGGGAGCAGCAGAAGAAGAUCUUGAACCGAAGGGAAUUUGACAUCGGAUGGCAGAUGGACAGUGUGCCCCAGAAUGCACGCUGGGCCGCGCGCAUGGGCUGUGACGCCAAUCCGCAGGGCUUGUGCUGUUUGGUCUUGGAUGAGGCCAGCAGGACCGUGAAAGUGAAGGCCACCCUGGAACCUUCAGCUGCUGUGAACUUGGAGUACCUCCUCCUGGCCCUCAAGGUGCGGAAGACGGCGAGCCGCGAGCCGCUGUUUUCGCUGGACCCGGUGGACCCGCAGAACUUGGAGCAAUCUCCGCAGAAGAAGGUCUAUGAGCCCAAGUGGUUGGCUGGCACCAGCGCAGGCGACGUGAUGUUCCAGGCAGAUUACUUCCUGAAGGAGUUGGCAUUGGGGGAGUACAGCAUGCCUGUGGUGGGAAUGAGCAGCGUCUUCGACUUCUCGGAGAUGACUGGGAAGGAGAACCAAUGGGCUGGUCGCGAGUGGUUCGUGGUGCGGAAGGCAGAGGUCCGGAUGGCGGAAGACAAGACCUUGAUCCCUCACGUGAAGAUGGGGGUGGAGGCGCGCGAGCAAGUCCUGACCAAGAAUGGUCUCGAGGAUGCUCCGGUGACUCUGCCUCAUCACCCUCUGAAGAAGUUUGCGGAGGCCUUCUCGAGGCACUUCGACCUGAUCGCCGAGCGAAAGAGCGUGAUCUUCCACCUGAGGGAGUUGGCCAAGGCCUCCGUGAUGGCCAAGUACUUGGUGGACUCCCGCGCGCGGGUGGACCCCAGCUGGUACGCCUUGGCGGAUGAGAUCGUAAAGACCACCACCCCCGAGGCGCACCCGGAGAUCCCGCAGCUGUGGAACAUGCGCGGCAACUCGCGCAUCAAGCUGAAGAAUGGCCGGUUGAUUGACAUGGUGACAGGUGGACAGAGCUCCUUACAGGCCAUCUAUGGUGGCGUGGAGUUUGGCUUGGACCGCUUUGAGCUCGCUCAGCGACAUGCCCUCCAGGGGCAGCCAGGAAUGCAACUGGGCCAGUCAGGCCGUCCAAUGUUCAUGCCGCAGCGCUUCCAGCUGGGACAGCGGGAGAUGCCACAAGGUGUCGACCUGAACUUGGACAAGUUCUCGCUCUCUUCAGAGGAGCGCUUCGCGGGUCGCCUCCCGCCCUGCAGCGGCGGGAAGGGCUCGCUCGAGGCCAAGGUGACGCUGGGCAAGGUCACUUCCCUGCUCCCACCGCUCGCGAAGGCCUUCUUGGACGGCUUGAGGUCUGGUGUGAAGGCGGACGACCAGAACUUGUUGGUGAACAUCUUCACCGUGCCCCAGUGCGAUCGCGUGGAGGAGGGUGAUGCCUUCAUCCCUCCUGACCCGACGCUGGGUGCCGAGAAUCUGGAAUAUGUCCAGAAGCUGCGCAACAUCGUCGGAGAGGAGCGUAGCAUCCGCGAGCGCCGCAAGACGCGCUUCGCCGACAAGAACUUCGUGAUGGCCAAUCCAGGCUCUGACUUCCCGCGCUCCUGGACCUCGCGAUUCCAAGUGGAGCUGGAAGGGCGCAUCUCCUACACGGCCCCCACCAAGUUCGGCUUGGUGAAGCUCGAUGUGGAAGAGAGCUUCAAGCGAAGCUUGCUACAGGAGGUCAUGCCCAAUGCUGUGCCAGAGUUUCAACAGACCACGGAGGAUGGCAUCAUCUUCCGGAUUUACAAACUGGGAAGCCUGGAGGUGCGAACAAUCCAAGAGCCAGAGGCCGAGGAACAGGUUCACCAGGUCUUCAGUGCCCGGGCAGCCUGCUGGAACUCUCAAGGCAGCAAGACAGAGGCUCUACGCCUCAAAGCACUCCUUGAGAGACACCACAGCCAGCCCAAAUACUUGCUGGGAAUCAGCAUGUCAUGGAAGGGCAGGUGGGGCUCGAAUGCACGAGCAGAAGCCUGGAAAGGCUCAUGGCCAAAGGAGAACAAGAAGCCGCAGGAAAAGUCCAAGAAGGAGAAGCCGGACAAUCAAGUAUUGAGGUACCACGACGGUACCAAAAUCGAUACUACAGUCGGUGGAAGUUCUACCUUGCAGGGCUCGUCUGCGCAAUCUUCCUUGCUACAGGAGGAGAACAAAAAACUGCGGGAGGCCAUCAAAGCCUUAUCGCAGAAGGCCGAUCUCUCGGAAGUGGAGUCAGCAGACGAAAUCCGGAAGCUGGUCGAGACAGACCCCAGAGAGGUUCUGAGAGAGCAGCAAAAGGAGCUCAACAAGUUGAAGAAAGAGCUGACCAAGAAAGAGAAGAUCGAGAGACAGUUAAAGGAGAAGGCGGAGAACCAUGCCAGUUGGAAGGCUGGUAUUCUGGAAGGAGUCAAGCGAGCCGAUAUCAAACAUCUGGAAGAGAUCAAGAAGCUGAAGGAGGAAUUGGCACAAGUCGAAGACGACAAAGAUGUCAAAGAUGGGAUGAGUGUAGAAGUUCCUCAGGGAAACGACAGUGCUAUGGACUCGAAACUGGAAGAUAUGGACAGGAAGAUGUACCAGAUGGCUUCAUAUGUCGAGACAAUGGAGCAACGGAACCAGGACCUGGCAUAUCAAGCGGAACCAGAGAAGUUCCCUACAGUCGAGACCAUUGUGAUUCUGACCCAACAGAUGUUAGCGCAGAUGACCAAGGAAGAAUUCGACUUGGAGGAAGAAUCCUUCCGGCAAGCAUUAGCAGAGCUUCCCUCCACUUUGGGUGGGUCGAGGGAUUUGUCAGCUUGCCUGAUUCCUGCCAAUGAAGGCAAGAAAAGGUAUAUCUUGUGGAUAUCCUGUAUGUUGGCCAGCCCAGACGUGUUGCAGUUCUCUGCAAACUUGGAGAUAGGCUUAGAGAUCUUGUUAGACGAGAGGUACCAAUACUACCACGAUAUUCCGAUAGUUGGCGGCACCUUUGUGAAGCUGCACGAAUUCCCACAUGAAAGUGAGGCCAGCACGACUUGCGACUCUGUGAGUCCCGCAUCGUCGGCCACCUGGGAUGAUAACUUUCUUGGAGAUAACACUGCAACUCCGGAGGGCACGACGCCGACUUUGGAUGUGCAUGGUCAUUUUGAUCCUGAAGAAAACACUGCAACUUCAGUGGAAGUGCUACGAGAUUUGACUGAGGACCAGAGCACCCUUUUCCAGACCUAUGCAGUGCCCAGAAUUUUUCAGGUUGACUGGCCACAGGAUUUUGCGGAAACAACGGAGACUGAGGAAGAAUUGGAGGAAUUGAUGGACAUGCUCUCCUUUCACACGUCAGUCUUUGGUUUUGAGAGACUUAAUGAUGAGGUGUUGGCCUAUCGAGAGGCAUUUGGACAUUUCCCAACAUUUGAGGCUCUCUAUGUGGAUGAUAGAUUGGAAGACUCCACGUUUCUUUUCCACGACCAGGAUUGGAGCAGAGAGGCUUUUGUGGCAACUGUUCGUCUCUUUCUGGAAACGAUGAUUGACAGAAACGAAUUUUCUGCCAUUGCUUUUGUGCAAGAGAUCCCUACUCCAUAUGAGCAAGGGGGCAAUGAUCAUAUUUUUGUCAUUGUGGAGAAAUCUUAUGCUCCUCUGAGAGUGAUGAUUUGUGUGGUCAUCACAUUUGACUUGGACGACUCCCCCGAGAUCUAUGCACUUUCGGUGCCUCAAUAUGUCUGGAGCAAGGAUUUGGUUCGUGAUCUGCAAAUGGAAGCUGUAUGUCGAGACCCACGUUUUGACUGCCUACUCCGGCAUGGGUUGCUAGAAAUGCCUGUGGUUGUGGCAUGGCAACCCUACCAGGGUAUGAAAUUGAAUUUGGACAUCAAGAUGUUGACUUGCUCCAGUCAGGUUCCUCGUUUCCACAUCAUGACAUCACAAGUAUUAGAGGUAGGGAAUCCUUCCGAGAAUAUGCCUGAAGAUGGAGUUUCUCUCAUGCAACAAGCUCGAAUCCUGGAUGAGGAGAAUGACAUGCCGACCACCUUAUCUACACAGCGAGCUGACACCGAGAGCCUAUGCAAUGGAUAUUCAUCGAGAGGACCUACUGACAUAGCUCCUCACUUCAUGAGCCAAGCUCAACAGUUAGAAGAGCUGCGAAGAUGGUUGUGGGAGCUUAUGGGAAACGAGGACUCAAUUGCACUAUAUGUUUUUGAAAGAAAUGGAGGAGAUGUGUCGACGUAUCGAAUCCUUUUGCGAGCUGAAGUUCUAGGGGGACAGCCUCGAUUUGCACAUUGGAUUCGGAGAGAGUUGGCGGCUCUUUGGAAUGUACAUGCAAGGAUCUUUCCAUUAUUACCUGCUCCCUUUACAGACUUGCGUAUUGCGGUCUUGUUGCCAAGGGCGUUUGGGUUAGAUCUUCCUGUCCUGCUGGAAAUCAAUGAUGGACAGGACUCCUGGAGAGAAAUCCACAUUAUACAGCAGGCUGUUACCAUCAACAGUCUAAUCUGGCGAUCGAGGCUGCCUGCUAUUGUCCCAUCGACGCUCUCCUACCAGGCAAUGCUGGUCGGUGAAAUGGCAGAUCCGAAUGAUUUGGUGCCAUGUAGCCCGGGGCAAUGGAUUACCAUUCUUGUUGGUGCGCUGGGUCAUUUGGGAGCCAAUGGGACAACAAUUUCGUCCCUUGAACCUGGUUUGCCUUCCUUGACUAGUCUAGCGAGUAGUCAGUCAAACUCCAUACGACCUGGUGUACAACUUGAAGAACCAGUCGAUGAGACGGGGGAAGAUGCUUUGGAUGAACAUACGAUCAUGCAGCUGCCUAUGGGAAGAGGAUCUGAUGCAGUAGAAGUGUUUUCCUGGUUCCUGGGAUGGGAUCAAAGGGAUUCCAUACAGCAACAGUCAAGAACAUUUUCGUUUCCAAGGGACACAGACUUGGAAAGCAGGGCAAUACAGACCUGGAAUGACAUAUGCUCAUCAGAUCAUCCAUUGGUUGUGUUGAUCUCUCCCUUUAUCCAAGAAGCAGGUUUUCGGCCGCCUGCUGUCCUUGUUGUGGAGUACAUCAACCAGUUGUACCAACCCGUGUUUAUCGACCUGGAGACUUCCGACACGGAGGCCAAAGGGGGUUUCCUGUUACGGGACCUCCAAGCAAUGUGUACCAAUGACAUAUUUGACCAGGUCUUGCCUCAACAUAGAUGCCGAACAGUUGCAAAUUGUUUUGUCCGGCUUCAAGGGCAUUGGUAUGAAUGGGAUGAGGAUAUCCAGAUUCGUGCUGGUGAUUACUUGCAAAUGCUGGAAUACACUGAAAGUGAUGAUGAACACUCGACCCUAUGUGGCUCCGAAAGGCAAGAUGAGCUUGCAUUUUCUGAGACUAGUGAGGAGAGUGAUUGCCUACAGUUUUUGCAGCUCGAGGUUUGGCACCGUGAGGCAGGGACUGGAUUGCCACCGCCAGGCAAUGGAGUGUAUUGGGAAUCGAAAUGCCUUGAUGCAAUGGAUGAUCUUUUGCACUGCCCGGAUGGAGACCAUGUUGUCGAUUUUCGGGAUCCUUCAAGGCGGAGACCAAUUCCUACCCCAGCCAGAUCCGGGGUUUUGCCGAGAGUGGUGAGCAUCAGUGAUGCAUUGAUUGAUGAUCGUGCUCCUGAGUUACAGAUCCCACUAGGACUCUCUGCCACAGAAAUUGAACUUUUGAUGGACUUUGAUCCGGUAGCAGAACAAUUGGAGACGCUCUUUGAUGGUUCUGAUCUGGACGAAUAUGUCCACCAGAUGUUUCAAGCCGCUCCAAAGUGCAUACCGGACCGUUGGAACCCUGCUGAUUCUCAUUCAGUCAGAAUUUUUACGGAUGGUUCGUACAUCAAUGGAUCUGCUGCUUGGAGUUUUGUGGUUGUGGCAUGUUAUUGUGACCGUCAGGAUUAUGUGGGGUAUCAAUCGGGUGCUAUUCCACUGCAAGGCCAUCCGGAUUGCCUUCUUGAUACCCAUGGUUCUGCGGUUUGUGCCGAGCAGCAUGCGCUUAUUUGGGCUAGCUGGUGGUUGUUGCGAUACUGGAGACUGGCUGCUCUUCAGACUCCUAUUGUUUUUCUGUGGGACUCGCAAGUAGCUGGUAGACAGGCAGAGGGCCUUUAUGGAGCCGCCUCUGCUCUGGGCCGACUCUUACGUGGCCUGCAGAUUGCUUUACAACAACUUACACCAGCUGAUGUUGGACAUCUGCAUGUUCCAGCGCAUCGUGGGCAUUUGUACAAUGAAGUUGCGGAUACUCUGGCCAAACAAGCUCAUGGCAAAUGUCCAGCCUGCCCAGACGCGGGUCUCUUGCUGCAAAUGGUCCAGAAGUUGGGACAUUUGGAUCAUCUAUGGCUUUUUGUACAUCAAUCUCCGAUGAUACCGCCAGGCAGUCAUGGCAAUAUCAGAUGGAAGCCGACCAGUGCUACAGCCUUUCCAAAAGAACUUUUGAUUGCCCAGCUGUUGCCAGGAUCGGGUAAGGGAAAUAUGGGCAUCCUGCCCACAACCAGAUUGGAGUAUGAAUGCUUCACAACAUGCUGCUUUGAUUACCGAUCAUUUACAGAAGGAGAUGAAAAUGGGGACACCCUGCAAACCAUGGAGGAAGUGAAUGCCAGGUGGGUUCGACACUUUGCCCAACUGGAAGCGGGCAAGGAGGUGGAGGUGCAAGGCUGGCUUGAGGAGUUGGGACGGCAAACGCACAAAGACGAUGUGCGGCAUGAUGACAUGCUCGUGGCAGACGAAACCAGUCGUCGAGAAAUCAGUUGUCGAGCGUCGCAUAAGGAAAAACUUAGCAAAUGCAAGAUGUACAUCGAGGCCUAUGAGCAUGAGGCGUGCAACAACUUCUACAUGGUCUUGGAGACGGAGGAGAAGAGCCUCGUGGUGACCGAGCGCCUGGCCAAUGGCUCACUGUCCUGGAAGGAGAACCCUCAGAACUUAGAGGAUCGAAACAGCCUGGCGAAGCUCCUCUUCACCGUCGACUGCAAGGAGAACAUGCUUUUGGGCGAGGUCGUUCGCCACUUCGAGGAGCUGCCCAGCGACAGCAGCCUGGAUUGUCGAAAGCACUAUGCCAAAGCCUUGUACAAGUUCGUGUCGGGCCGCAACCUCCGCGGCAAAUGGGGAGGCAGCCCGCGGCCAGUAUCAAUCGGGUCGUUUACGAGGUUUGGAUGGAGUGGAAACUGCGACCCUCCACUGCCCGAGUUGCAUGGAGAUGGGUGCUUAUUGUUAGGAGGGCCCUUGAAAACAUGGCGUGUCUUGAAAUUGGGAUGCAUAUCUGAUCAUUGGAAGAAGUCGGAUUGGUUGGAGAUCUCGUUGACGCCCAACUCCCAGUCCUCACCCACCAGAUGGUGGCUCUUGAGUGAGGCGGGGUUCGAGAGGGAGUCCCAUGCAUGUGCACCAUGGAACCGAUAUACCUAG